AUGGCCCCGUCGCCUACUCACAUCGCGAGCCAGCUCCGACAACUCGUAUACUACCAUCUCGACAACAACCUGUUGAAGAACGCCCUGUUCCUAGCCUCUCGUCUCGUUGCCUACGAACCACGGUCCGCCGAAGCAGCCUACCUCCUCGCGUACUGUCAACUGCAGUCAGGAUUUGUCAAAGCUGCCUGGGAUAUUAGCCGACCUGCUGGUGCGAGAGGAUCACAUCUUGGAUGCAGCUAUGUCUUCGCCCAGGCCUCGCUAGAACUAGGACGAUUCGUUGAUGGCCUGACAGCGUUGGAAAAAAGCAAGCACCUCUGGCAGAACCGCAAUACUUGGGGUCAGCACAACGAGUCCAGACGACAACAUCUCCCUGACGCCGCUGCAGUUUUGUGUCUGAAGGGUAAACUGUGGAAAGCACACAAGGACAUUGAUCAAGCAGUGGAAUCUUGGGCGGCAGCACUGAAAUUAAAUCCGUUCAUGUGGGAUGCUUUCAUGGGGCUUUGCGAGGCUGGUGCCAAAGUCAGCGUCCCCAAUGUUUACAAGAUGUCGACGGAGAUGAUAGCCAUGACCCAUGUGUCUCAGCAACAGGCGGCGAAGAUCGAAAAUCCGUCCAUGACAUUGCCGGCUGCAGUUUCACAAACUCACAACGCAAGCCAUGCCAACCCAGCACCAGCGGAUCCUUUCGUAUCGACACAUAAGCAGAGUGGGCAUUCUCAGUUGGGCAAUUCUGUUCUGUGGGAGAAGUUGAAUGGCAGUAAGAUGAGCGUCAACACCACGGGUACUGUCCUUGACGAGGAGGGAUCAAAUACUCCGUCAACUGAAGUAGAAGUGAAUGAAGGGAUCUUGCAAGGUGGCGCCGUGAAUCACUAUCAUGAGCCGCCUCCCGCACCAGUGAGAAAGGCGAAAAGCACAGCAGAUGUCCCGGCAGAUCCCCCUCCUAGGUGGAAGACUGGAUCUACACGGUUGAAAGCGAAAGCCAAAGUUGCCUCCGACGACACCGCAGUUUUGCACGACGCUCCCGCACCGACGGCACCUUCUAAGAGAACUGUCUCUGGCCAACCAACAUCAAUGGCUCAUGCACCCUCAGGGACCGCCGAAGGCACAAGAAGAAGUAACCGACUGCUCAACACUGGAAGGCCACCCAGUACUAGCAGCACGACUGGAAGCAAGAUAUCCUCACUGGCAAACACCCUAGGACUUCGUGAAGGCAGAGAUAUCAAGAAAGCCAAAGCGCCUGUGGUGAGACCCAGAACUGCGAACACGUCGACAGUGGGCAGAGUCGUGAGCGGAAAUCGCACUCGCACAGGGUCAACAGACGCCAUGGAUGUUGACACCAAGGAGCAAAGAACUGCUGCAAACGCACCACCGGUGCCACCUUUGCCCAGUUCCAAACUGCGAAUCGAGUCCGCAGUCAACAAAGACCUGGAAGCAAUUCAGACUCUGUUGGAUCUUUUUGGUAGGAUUGCUUCGGCACAGUUGUGUCUGUCGAAUUAUGAUUGUCAGACGGCAAUCCAGAUCUACAAUUCCCUUCCGUCGGCACAACGCGAGACACCAUACAUCCUCACUCAGAUCGGAAAGGCGUAUUACGAGCAAGGUCAAUAUGCUGAUGCCGAGAAGUUCUUCAUUCGAGUGCGACAAUUGGCACCGAAUCGUUUAGAGGAUAUGGAAGUCUAUUCCACGGUGCUCUGGCACCUCAAGUCGGAGAUUGAGCUUGCCUAUUUGGCCCAUGAACUGAUCUCCAUCGACCGACUGUCACCUCAAGCCUGGUGCGCCAUAGGAAACUCGUUUUCACUACAGCGCGAGCAUGAACAGGCCUUGAAAUGCUUCAAACGUUCAACCCAGCUGGAUCCCCAGUUUGCCUACGGAUACACCUUGCAGGGCCACGAGUACAUUGCCAACGAGGAGUUUGAGAAAGCUUUGGAAGCGUAUCGAGCCGCGGUGGCUGCUGACGGACGGCACUACAAUGCCUGGUAUGGUCUCGGCAAAGUCUACGAGAAGAUGGGCAAAUGGGGCAUUGCCGAACAGCAUUAUCGGACCGCAGCUAAGAUCAAUCCCACAAACGCGGUGCUUAUCUGCUGUAUUGGCUUGGUUUUGGAGCGACUGAAGCACCCAGAAAAGGCUCUGCAGAUGUACACUCGCGCAUGCACUCUGGCACCCAACAGCGCGUUGAGUCGAUUCAAGAAGGCCCGAUGUCUCAUGAGUCUCGGUCGACCGAGAGAGGCGUUGGCCGAACUUCUCAUCUUGAGAGAUGUCGUUCCGGAUGAAGCCAAUGUGUGGUUCUUGAUGGGCCGGCUGUACAAGACGUUGCGGGAGAAAGGUAAUGCUGUAAGAGCCUUCACCAUGGCUCUGAACUUGGAUCCUAAGGCUGCACAAUAUAUCAAGGACGCAAUGGAGAGUCUUGACGAUGAGGAAGAAGAUCCGUACGACCAGGAUGAAGACAUGGAUUGA